CUGUUUUAAAGAUUUUGAAUGGAUAAGUGAUUUGAUGUUUGCGUUUGCUUGUAGUUAUUGUUUCUUGUUGAGUAAGAUGACAAAUGGAAUCUUGUAGUGAAUCAAACGUGAUUAUAAUAUAAGAAGUUGUUUCUAAGUUAAAAAAAGGCGGAUGCUUAGGAUAGAAGUUUUCUUAUUAAGGCGUUACAAUCGUUUACGUGCUAAAGUCAUGCAUCUAAAGCCGCUUUUUUCGGUCUGGUCUUUUGUUUGAUUCCGUACUGUUGAGAAAAGAAGUGACGAAUUUUCUUGGAAAUUUUUCCUUCUUUUGUUACGUUUUCCAUAGGUUUGUCAUUCGAGGUAUUGGUUCGGAUUGGUUUAAUUAUUUGUGUGCUGUGCUCUGAAGCAGAAAGUGUAUUUUGUUAGAAAUUGGUAAACUUCUGUGCAUAAUUUAGUUGAUGGGAGCCGGAAGCUCAAGGUUCAGUUGGAGGCAGAAUCCAUCAUUUCGAUCGACUUCAUCUUCACGGGGUUCUCAGCAUGACUAUUCUCAGUCACAGUAUGGUCAAGAAAAUCAGAUUUGGGGUUCUCAGUACGGGUAUACUCAGCCACAAUAUGGUCAAGAAAGUCAGCCUUAUCCACCCCAGCAAACAUAUACAUCACAACAGUAUAAUUCCUCUUCUGAACAAUACGGUGGUAACACAAGGAAGCUUGAUAGGAGGUAUUCAAGAAUUGCUGAUGAUUACAAAUCCUUAGAACAGGUGACUGAGGCCCUUGCUCGUGCUGGCCUUGAAUCAUCAAAUCUCAUUGUUGGCAUUGAUUUUACAAAGAGCAAUGAGUGGACAGGUACUCGAUCAUAUCACAGAAGAAGCUUGCAUCAUAUUGGAGAUGGUUUAAAUCCUUAUCAACAAGCAAUAUCCAUUAUCGGGAAAACCUUAGCUGCAUUUGAUGAGGAUAACUUGAUUCCAUGCUAUGGAUUUGGGGAUGCUUCAACACAUGAUCAAGAUGUCUUCAGUUUCUUUCCAGAUGAGAGAUUUUGUAAUGGAUUUGAGGAGGUGUUAAGUCGGUAUAGGGAAAUUGUACCUCAUUUACGGCUUGCAGGACCAACAUCAUUUGCUCCUGUAAUUGAAAUGGCCAUGACCAUCGUUGAGCAGAGUGGUGGCCAGUAUCAUGUAUUAUUGAUAAUUGCAGAUGGUCAGGUAACAAGAAGCGUUGACACUCAGCAUGGCCAAUUAAGUCCACAGGAGCAGAAGACAGUUCAGGCAAUAGAGGAAGCAAGCAAGCUUCCUCUGUCAAUUGUUCUAGUCGGGGUAGGGGAUGGGCCCUGGGACAUGAUGAAGGAAUUUGACGAUAACAUCCCUGCCCGGGCCUUUGAUAAUUUCCAGUUUGUGAACUUUACAGAGAUAAUGUUAAAGAAUCGUGAACAAUCUCGAAAGGAAACAGAAUUUGCACUUGCUGCUUUAAUGGAGAUUCCUUCUCAGUAUAAGGCAACGAUAGAGCUUAAUAUACUGGGUCGCCGGACAAGAAAUGUUCCAGAGAGGGUUCCCCUCCCUCCACCUGUAUAUGGUGCAACAUCUGUCAGCAACUUGAAACCUUCCUAUUCUACCUCUACCAGUUUCAAGCCAAAUGCUCCUUAUGAAAGAGAGAGUCAGCCUGUCAGCUCAGCUCCUCCUGUUACAAGUUCUACAUAUGAUAAUCAGCUAUGCGUUAUUUGCCUUACUAAUGUGAAGGACAUGGCCUUUGGUUGCGGGCAUCAGACAUGUUGUGAAUGUGGACAGGACCUUCAAUUAUGCCCCUUGUGUCGGAGCCCAAUCAACACAAGAAUUAAGCUCUACUAAACUACAUAAGUAUGUUUAUUAAGUAUUAAUUACUUGGCCUAAAUUCUUUGUAGUUCAUCACCCAGUUAUGAAGAGCAUAUUAGGUGUGCUGAAUUCAGCUUCAGAUUCCUAGGAAGAAAAUGUUAAUGUACAUGCCAUUUUAUUAUUAUUUAUUAAUUUUUUUUUACUUCUCA